AUGGUGAAGCGGGGAAUAUCUCGAUCUCGAAGAAUGAGGGGCGUGCGAAACGGCAAGAGAAAACACAUCCAGUGCGACGCACGAAACGAAGAGAGUGACGACCACAAGAGGCAGCGACAUGAUAAGGAUAAAAGCAACGACAAACUGGAUGACCAAGUUCGCAAUGCCACCAUCAUCCCUCACGACAAAUAUUAUAUUGGCUGGAUUUGUGCGUUGGAUAUUGAGUUAACUGCUGCUACCGCUAUGCUGGAUGUUGCCCACGGCCCACACCCUCAGCCUGAGAACGACAUCAAUAACUACACGUUGGGUUCUAUCUCAGGACACAAUGUUGUUAUCGCGUGCCUACCCUUUAACAGCUACGGCACAAAUACUGCGGCAAUAGUUGCUACGCACAUGCGGCGCACAUUCUCCUCGAUAUGCGUUUGGCUGCUUGUUGGAAUUGGGGGUGGAGUUCCGGGCAAAGUUGACAUAAGGCUAGGCGACAUCGUUGUCAGCACCAGAGUUCUUCAGAGCGAUCUUGGAAAGAUAGAAAAGGAUGGCCAAUUGCAUCAAACCGGCCUUGCGUGUGCACCAUCCCAAGGUCUUAUGACAGCCGUCGCUACAAUGAAAGCAAAACACAGAAAAUCAACCAACGAGCUCUCUAGGAUUCUGCAAAAUCUGCGCGAGGGUCCUUGCAUGACAGAUUUUGCGAGCCCAGGUGUCGAAUCGGACUUACUAUUCGACAGCAACUACGAGCACGAGUCCCUGAUGCGAGAGAACUGUGAUGCUUGUGACAGAUCAAGACUUGUGCACCGAAAUACCCGCGUUGAUGAGAAACCAAUGGUCCACUACGGCAUCAUUGCAUCUUCCAACCAACUUAUACGUCAUGCCAGAACAAGGGAUCAAGUGGUCCAAAUCGCUGACAAUAUCUGCUUUGAAAUGGAAGCUGCGGGUUUGAUGGAUAGCUACUCGAGCCUGGUGAUUCGCGGAAUCUCUGACUAUUCAGAUUCGCACAAGAACAAACAAUGGCAGGGUUAUGCUGCCGCCGCCGCCGCAGCGUACGCCAAAGAGCUCCUUUCAAUCAUACCGUUGAAAGAGAGGCAGGAAUCAGAAAUACGGCGCGGUAUAUCAACAACGCGAGGCGUCACUGCUCGUCAUUCUCGCAACAACUCUCCGGAUACGGAGACACCCGGAAAAGCACAUCGGAUCAAAGACAUUAAAGCCGGGCAAAACGCAAAGUUGGUCUUUCAUUCGGAUGACUCCCCCUUGAAUGUGAGUGGCGUGAGUGCCGGGGAUAAUGCCAUUGAGUUCUUCGGAUCCGGAGGACAUCUACUUUUGCGCGAACUCCUCCAUGGGCCGAUCAGGGCAAAGGCUCCGGCGGCUGAAGAGACGGUACAGGAAGAGACCACGAUUUCUACCAGUAAUUCGAAAAGUACGUCUUAA